AUGAUGGUGGAAGGUUUAAAACAGUUUAUAACUUCACAAGGUUCGUCAUGUUCAAUUGUGCCGAUGGAUUGGGAUAAACUUUGGGCCAUCAAUUACACAUAUAUUGAUCCAGUAGCACUAUAUUAUACAGCAUUAAAUAAAAAAGAUCUUGUUGAUGUUAAAAAUGCUAGUAUUGGAAAUAAAAAUGUUUAUUACAGUCAAAAUAUUUUAAUUGAGCAUGAUGAUGCAAUAUUAUUAAAUGAAAAUGAAAUUAUUACAUUAAUUAAUUGGGAAAUUUUAAAAUUAAAAGACAUUAGUACAACUGAAUCCAUUGAAACUGAAACACAACCAGACAAUAAAGAUUAUAAGAAAACAGUAAAACUGACGUGGUUAGCCAAAACAAGUCAAGCAAACUUUACUCCAACAAAAUGUGUUCGUUUUGAUAAUAUAAUGACCAAACCAUCAUUGGAAAAAGACAAUAAAACUUUCAAAUUUGUCAACUGCUCAUCAAAAAGUAAAAUUUGUCGGAAAGAAUUUCAAGAAUUCAAUAUACCAAUUCCUGAACAUAGUGGCGAAGCUAUUGCUUUGAAAACUGAAGUUAAUGAACAGGGUACAACUGUAAGAACAUUGAAGAGUGACAACGUUAGUAAAGACAAAAUUGAUCAAGCUGUUAAAGUAUUACUGAAUUUAAAAGCAUAA